AUGUCCAAAAUUAGUCCGUUACUUUCAAGAGAAGAAAUAAUUGAACAGACUCGAUCUAACAAGCUAUUUUACAAUAAUACUCAAAAUGUGGAAGUGCCAAAAAUUAAUGCUUUAUUAUCUAAUUCAGAUGAACAAUUAUUGGCAGAAAUUGGAUACAAACCGGAAUUAAAAAGGCAUUUUUCGUUGUUUCAAGUGUUUGGUAUAUCCUUCAGUAUAAUGGCCAUCUUACCGCUGAUUCUGAGUAUUCUUGCGGAGGGUUUAAGUGGUGGACCUGCUGGUUGCUUUUGUGGUUGGGUUAUUUCUUCAAUAUUUAUUCUUACAAUUGGAGUUUCCAUGUCGGAGAAUGGAAGUUCGCAGCCCACUUCAGGGGGUUUAUAUUACUGGGCUAAUUUCUAUGCUCCAGCGCGGGCAAAGACAGUUAUAUCUUACUUGAUAGGGAACACUAAUUCAAUUGCAUUAAUUGGUGGUUUGUGUUCUGUCGAUUACGGUUUUGCACAAGAAUUAUUGAGUGUUAUUGUUAUAGCAACGGAUGGUGAAUUCAGUAUUACUGCUGCUAAGACCUAUGGGGUAUUUGUUGCUUGUGUUUUAUCACACAUCGUUCUUACUUGUGCUUCAUCAAAAAACUGUGCCUGGCUACAGACGUCGCUGGUUGUUUUAAAUACCACUAUUGUGGUCAUUUUUUUGGUUGCUCUACCGAUCGGUGCUAAAGGAAAUUUUAAAACUGCAAGUUAUGUUUUCACAGAAUUUAACAACUUUUCAGAUUGGCCAUCUGGCUGGACCCAGGUAUCAUCUACAUGGUUGCUGGGUAUAUGGACCCUUGGUGCAUUUGAUUCUGUGAUUCAUAUGUCAGAAGAAAUUCCUCUGGCUUCAACUGCUAUACGCAUUGGAAUAAUAGGAUCUUUGUCUGGUUGCAUUAUUUUGGGAAUUGCCGUAAUGCUUGUUACUUUAUUUUGUAUAUAA